AUGAGUACAGAGGCAGGGCCGUCGGUCCCAACACCACUGCGAAGGGCCUACGAGCCACGAGCACCUCUGGUCAACCAGGUAGACGCAGACAGCCUCGAUGACGGUAUCGCACAGAUGCUCGGAGAGGGAGUCGAGCGUGCAAUCCACCGCUGGCGCCCAUCGCUUGCACCGGACUUUAGGCCCGAGAUUGAGCUCCUCCUCAAGCUCCUCUGCUUUGGUGUCGGCGUCCUGGGUCCCAGCAUAGCGAGUCCCGGCGCCGCACUCCAGAACCUCCGUCUGGCAUCGUCGCGCCGGGCCGGACGACCCACACGCUCCUCGCUGCUCCUCUACCUCGUCCUCCACCCACCUCUCCUCCCACGCUACCUCCUGACGCGUGCUCGCAGCACGGCACUGUCGCGGCAAUGGCCUGACCUGCCUGCUCAUGACCGUCGACGCAAGCUGUGGAACCUGCUUGUCCGUAUCGAGAAUGCCGCCCGCGCCUGGGAGCUGGCUGGCUGGGCUUGGUUCCUCUGGGACGGCAAGUACCCUUCGCUCUUGAUGCGUAUCCUCGGCCUCCGUCUGGUCCCUUCGGCACCGCGUCUUGCCCGCAUGGUCUCGUACGAGUACAUGAACCGACAGCUCGUGUGGGGCGUCAUGACCGAAUUCCUCCUCUUCGCUAUCCCGCGCAUUCCCACACUCCCCUCGGCCAUCAACCCGGCCACAGUUGUCGCUCCCGUCACGGCCUUUCUCCGCCAGCCGACCACGAUCGACUACCAGGCUCUGUCGGACGCGCACGCCGUCUCGUCGGCCGCACGCAAGGCCGGCGCCCCGGCCCCAGCAGCGGCACAUGCCGGUGCCCUGGCCGGUAUUCCCGCCUCGACGUGCCCCGUGUGCUUCCUGCGGCGUACGAGCGCGAGCGUCGCGCUCCCGGGAACAGACAUUGAGCUGCCCCAGCUCGACGUUGCCGCCGGCGAAGAGGAACAGGGCGACCACGACGAGCGUAUCUUUGUCCCGGCCGUCACCGACUGCUGGGGCGAGUGCAAGUACUGCUACUACUGCAUCGCGGACGAGCUCGCACAGCAUGCCCAGCGCGACGCCAAGAGCGAGGACAAGUGGACGUGUCUCCGGUGUGGCGGCGGUGUCACGCGUGCAAAGCGGCUCGGCGCCGCGCCUGGUGCUCUCCAGCAGCCGUCCGAGUCGGAGACAGAGUCCAGCUCGGAUGUCGAUUCUGGAGGUAUCGAGUCAUCCCACGACUCGGGCAUCGAUUCGGAGACGGAACGCCUGGGCCAGUCAUGGCAGGACGUCGGCUUGGACUCGUCGUAG